UUGAAAUAGUGGCUCUGGAGCAGCUUUACUCGACAUUGAGAAACACCCGAGUGUCUCCGUCCCGCUGUCAGUACUCCAGACUCCCGUUGCUGUGUACGUGUCGCCCGGUAGCUCUGUCCGGACUGUAUGUAACCGCCAACCGGAACACGUCGGUUUGUUGACGGCUCGGUGUCCAGCGGUCAGGAGCUCGCUCGGUGGUUCGACUUCUGAUGCUAGCAGGGAGGCUAGCUGACGGUCUGACACAAACUCAGGCUAACGUCACUGAAGAUCUAAGGAGAGACUCAAUGUGUUUUUGGAGUCUCUGAGAAGUUUGUCUAGCAACAUUGUUAACAUUCUGGAGCUGAACCUAAACUCUCAUCUCAACCUACUCACGUGUACUAGCCGGUGCUAACUUGCUCAUUAAGCACAUUUGAAGGUAAUGCUCCUGAACGCAACCUUGGCAGCUCCAAAUGUUGCCAGGUUGAACCAAAGACAUGUAGAGGAGAAGCCUGACUUCUAAAUGGCAGGAGGGGUCACCCGUGGUAUUCAGCUGCACUGCUCCAGCACACCCACAGGUGUGUCUGUGGCCUGAGGACAUAUUUGAACAAGUAUUACAACUUCAGCACUGGCAGUUCAUGCAUGCUUUCCCAAUAAGGGAGUCAGAUUAGCUGAGAGUCUCUGCAUCUUAAUUCAACUCCAACAAGCUCUGUGAGAAAGCAUGACAGCUGUGGUGAGCAGAGCGUGGGGGUGGGUGCGCUCCUGGGGGGGCAAGAGUGCUGCGUCAGAGAAUAACACAGAGGUGAGAGGGGGCCAGGAGCAAGGAGUCAGCAAACAGGGCCAGAGGGGCUGGACCUCCUGGAUCUGGGGAGGGUGGAGGAGUGAGAAAAGCAGUCCGGCGGAGGAGUUCUGGGAGGCGCAGGAGAAGCUUCAGCCAAGAGAAGUCGAAGUCCUCAGCGCCAGGCAACAGGUGACCAAUCCAGAGUCUAGAUGGUGGAAUAAGUAUCUCCCAACUUCUUACAUUUCAUGGCCAGAAAAAAGCGAGCCAAGCGGACUGAGACAGAGGAAACGGGAUGGAGGUACGAGUGACGGUGACGGGGAGGGGGACUUCUCCGACUACGGGACGCCUCCUCCCUCUCCCAUACCCCCUUCCUCAUCUCCUUUUCGACUCUUUGCUAACAGCUGGAAGGUGGACAUCCUCCCAGAGCACUACGACAUCUGCUUCAACUUCCUGCGCCACCUGUUCGAUCUGUUUGUGGUGGGCUUCCUGUGGACGGUGUCCCCCCCCGCCAAGCUGAUCCUGGAGGUGUUCGGGGUGCAGGGGGCUCUGAGGCUGUGGCUGCACGGCAUGGCCAUGUUUUUCGUGUCUUCGGUGGGAAUGGCUGGGCUACUCUGGCUGAUCCAGGAGUACCUCCCUCAGUUCGCCCUGAUCUACGGCAUCAUCCAGGCGCUGGUGAUCUCCGUCAGCGUGCGACAGAGCGUGAUACUCGGCGGGGAGGAAGAAAAAGAAGAAGUUGAGGAGGAGGACAAGGAGACAGAGGAAAAGAAAGACAGUUUGGAAUGUGAAGAAAAGCUUGUGUCUGUAAAAGACAAAGUGAAGACAAGUUAAAUUUGAGGAUGAGGAGCUGCUGUGUGUCAGCUGAUGAGGACCUCCAGCUGGACCACACACACACACACACACACACACACACACACACACACUGCUGCCCGGCUUAAUAACUGUAUUGCACCUUCAUUACACUCCUACCAGUUCUGCUCAUAUCACUUUAUGUUUAACACUAAUGAACUGUGUCUAUGGAUGUCUGUCCUCACUUGAUCUUAAUGCUGUCACCACAAUAUGGACAUUACAAGGUUGAGUAACCACUACUACAACGCCAUGAAUGUUGAAGCAGCAUGUAGGGUCAAGAAGAGAAAGCAUAUUGAGGAAGUGUUGCAAUUUAUUUAGCUAACAUUUCAUUUCCUGACUUAGGGGACUACGUUGUUUUCUGAUUCACCCUGAGAGAGUUUGGGACCAGGUUAUUGCCUUUGGUGAAUUUUGAAAGGAAAUCGACAAAACCAACACAGCCGGAAUGCCUCAGAGAGAAGGAAAGAAAUGUGAAUCAAGGAACAGAAUUCUGAAGGUUUUUAGUACUACAGAUAUCAAAAUCUUCAGCUUCUAAGAGAAGAACAUGAACAGUUAUCCAUAUUGAGUGAAUUUGGAAUCAUAAAGGUCUAUCCAGUCUAAGUGCACUUCAAACACUACCUGCUAAAAAUCAUCCCAUCUUUAAUUGAAUUCAACUGAAGCUUGAAGCACAGAAAAUAAGCAUGAGUUUCUGUCCCAUCUCCAGCUGGCUCCAACUAACUUUACCACUAGAAAACACGGCACAAAGUUGAAAGCAGGUAUGAGAUUGAUUUGAUUGUUUGUACAGAAAUCCUACUACCGGACUACAAACCGCAAUAUUGCUUAUUUAACAGUCUGUGAUUAAGCUGCUUAGUAUCUAUUUAUGAACCAACCAAUCAGACCUGUGACAUCACAUCCCUGUUUUUGGGGCGGGGUUUAUUCAACAGAAGGCUAACAUCCAAAUAUGGAGACGUUCUGAGGAAGCAGUAACUACACCGUAUCCAAGCCAUGACAAAUGUUGUCUCUUAAAAAUAAAAUAUAUAUAUAUAUUUUCACACCGAAGACUAAAUGAAUGGAAUGCGAUGGAGUCUUUAGAGCCAUAGAGGAACACUCAGCUGUGAGUCCUUCUUUCUACCUAUUCGUCUGUUUGCAGCGCAGAGUGCUGUUGUGAACCCGGAAAGAGUAACCAAAAGUUUUAUGUUAGAAUUGUAUAGUAGGGAUCCCCAGCACAUAGAAACUGCCGGAAGCUAAUCUGCAUAUGUUGGGCAAUUUGCACAGUUAGCAUAAUUUGCAUUCAUUAGCAUUAUAGCCUAUGCAGACAAUAGUUAAAUUGGGUUUGCCAAGUUGGCCAAUUUUGGAGGGGUUUUGGGGGUUAUUGAGGAUGUUGAAUCCAUUCCUGACAUUUCCAGGUUCCAUAAUGGCAGUUUUAACCAGAAAGUGGCCAUACUUGUACUCCCGGUGGGCUGAUCUUAAUUCAUUUUGGGUCGACUUUAAAGUUUUAGGGGACUCAAAACUUCCAUUUGUUAUCCAUAACAUUUCAGAAAUUGAUUCAACAUAUUCAAUAUACCUUAAAAAACACACAGAAAAAAAUGCAGAAACCAGCCAAGCUAUUUUAUAGAUAUUGUUUGCAUAUGCUAUUUAAUGCUAAUGAAUUCUACUUAUGCUAAUUGUGCAAAUUACCCGACAUAUGCCAGUUAGCAUCCUGAUCUGCUACUAUAUUGUUCUACUAUACAUUUCUAACAUCAAACGUUGGGGUACUCAACAACGGGUUCACAGUGCUGGAAAGUAGACUUUAUAAAUGUGUUUUGUACUUGAUAUAUGUUCAUAAGAGCUGAUGCCCUGUGGAAGAGAAGAGACAUUUGUUGAAGACUUGACCAUGUACAGUGCAUGAUGUACUUAACGUUGAGAAAAGACUCAAUAUGCUCCUUGCUCCUUCCAUGAAUCAGAAAUGUGACACAUAACACCAGCAGCACACAUGCAUGUGUCAUGAUGGUUUGUUGCUUUGGUUCUUAUCUGUGCCAUGAUGUUUGUUUCAAACUUAACAUUCCUACCAGUAUGUGAUUUCUGGACUUUAAUUGAUGUCAUGCUUUAGAGUUAAAGGUACAACAGUGAAAGUGCACAAUAGCAUGUUUUUCCUACACUCUGUUGUAUUUAAACAUAUGUGACUUGUAUUACACAUUCUCUCUCACAGCAUGUGUGUAUCGUUUGUUAUCCAGAAAGCACCGUUUGUAUCACAGCCUGUCAGAUGGAAGCGUUUGUGUACACUUAUAUACAAUACAAGUGUAAAAAUGUAAUUUGUAUUACAAAGCAGAACCACUACCAACAAUACAAAGUGAUUUCCAGUGUAUCCCUAAGCAUAACACCGCCACAAAGACAUCACAGUGAACAUUACAUGCUCCCCUUUUAGUUUUGGAAAGGCAAUGUGCAACCUAGAGGUUGAAAUUAAAUUAGAAUCCUGACCCUUUUAUAAAGAGCUGAAACAAUCGGUCAACAGAAUAUAUAUUUGCAAAUAUUUUGAUAUUGUUUGAGACUUUUUCAGAAACUAGAGGUGGAGAAAUCAAUAAUGAGAAUAAUAGUUGCCGCCCUUUAUUCAAUAGAAUUAUAUUGUUAAUUAAUUAAUUAAUUCAUAUAAAAUGUCUUUCACUAAGAAACUAAAAAUAGGCGUUCCAAAAGCCUGUUGACAGUUAAGUUUGCACAUUAUCUGCAAAAAUGAAAUAAAACCAUGCAUUUCACUUCCUUCUGAUUGUAAUGAUGGUAGUGUUGUGCCAAGGAGAGUACUCAGAAGAUCAUUAGGACCCUUUUUAUUUUCAUUUAAGAAGAAUUCAUCUAAUAGGAUUCAUCACAGAAUUCUGGCAUUUUUUUUAUUUGCUCGGAUCUCAAAAAUAAUUUCACAUGUGGCCCUAAUGCCUUUUCAGUAUUUUACAAACAAAACAAUAGGAUUUCAAAAUUGUAUUUUGCUAAAGGAAAUUUGAGCUCAUGUACAUGUAAAUCCCAAGAUGACACAAUGUGUACAUCUGUGUUGCCUUUAAUUCAUCACAUAUUGCAGUCAUAUGGUGAGGAAAGCUAUUUUGAUAAGAGCAGUGGACACACUGACUGCUGGACCACUGCAUAUCUGUGCUGUCAUUGAACUGAAAAGUGAACUAACUGUACUACGCUACACUGAGGCUCAAUAAAUAUUCUCUUUAUUAAA